AUGAGUCGGCACAUGGAUGAUUUGAACAAGAUGCUCAUGAAGAUUGCGGCACAGCGACUUGAGCUUGCAGAGAAAUUGAGAUCUUCGUUGGAAAAUGUUCCACAACCAUUGGUAGAAAGAGAAGUCGAAACGACAAGUGCCCAAACAUUGGAGGAAUGCGUCUCUGGAAAAAUGUGGUUCAGAGAUCCCAAGAUUAACCCAAAGAAUAUUAUCGAGGCCAUCAAAGACGCUCAUCUUCACCAUAUUCAAUUUGUCCGUGACACUGAGUAUUUUCGAGGGUUGACGGACGGCUAG